UGUUGUCUGUGUAGCAGCAAAGCCAAAAAAACAACACUGCUCCUCCAAAGACCUUUUCCAUCCUCACUCUCUCUCUCCUUUCUCAAAUUCAUUCCAAGCUGUACCCACAUCUCUCUCCCCGGCCCUUUUGUUUUGUUUAUUCACAAUUCUCCUCCGUCCUCUCUCUCAUCUGGUCCGGUCUCCGGAGGAGCUCAUAUCCCAGUGAUCCACCUUGCUCCCUCCGGCGUCCACAAGCUUAUAUAGAGAUGCCACACAAUUCCAUUGGCCCAUUCCCAUCGCCGCCCGGCCUCCAGCUCCUCCAGGCUUUUGAAUUGUGAUCGUGAUCUAGCAAGAAGAACACGGCCGGAGAGAUUUGUUUGGAGGAGAGGGACAGACAGAGAGAGGGCCGGGAGUCGAUUCUUUGGUUUACUGAUUUGCUCAGGGUGGCAUUUUGUUACCCAACAAAAAGAUUGAUCUAGCCUAGCAAGAAGAGGACAGGUACAAAGUGACGGCCGGCAGCUAGCGUAGUGCGGCGGCGCCACCCCCACCAGCAUGUUGAGUUCUUGCGCGCCGACGACGGCCUUCCCGCCUCCGGAGACCGGGGCCGCGCCACCGGAGCCGCCAUUCCGGUCUCUGCAGAUCGCCACGACGAGCGCCGCCGCCGGCGCCAAGAAGAAGCGGCGUCCCGCCGGCACUCCUGACCCGGACGCGGAGGUGGUGUCGCUGUCGCCGCGGACGCUGCUGGAGUCGGACCGGUACGUGUGCGAGAUCUGCGGGCAGGGGUUCCAGCGCGACCAGAACCUGCAGAUGCACCGGCGGCGGCACAAGGUGCCGUGGAAGCUGCUGAAGCGGGAGGCCGGCGAGGCGGCGCGGAAGCGCGUGUUCGUGUGCCCGGAGCCGAGCUGCCUCCACCACGACCCGUCCCACGCGCUGGGCGACCUCGUCGGCAUCAAGAAGCACUUCCGGCGGAAGCACAGCGGCCACCGGCAGUGGGCCUGCGCCCGCUGCUCCAAGGCCUACGCCGUCCACUCCGACUACAAGGCCCACCUCAAGACCUGCGGCACCCGCGGCCAUACCUGCGACUGCGGCCGCGUCUUCUCCCGGGUGGAGAGCUUUAUCGAGCACCAGGACACGUGCAACGCCGGCCGGCCGCGGGCCGAGACGUCGUCGUCGCCGGCUAGUGGCGGCGGCGGUGGCGGUGGCGGUGCCGGGUUCGGCAUGGCGGCAGCAGGCGGUGCCUCCACGUCCCAGCAGCAGCGUCAGCUGCACGCCGCCGCCGCCGCGGCAGCGUUGUCACGGACGGCGUCCAGCGCGAGCCCAUCAAGCGGUGGCGAGUUCGGGGUGAGCCAGCAGCAGGUCGCCUGCUGGCCAGCUGGACCGGCAAUUGCGAGCCCCACGGCCGCCGCGACGUUCCACAGGUUCGACCCGGCGCUGUCGUCGCCUCCGACGCCGCAGUACGAGCGCCCUGGUGGUGGUGGUGGUGGCGUCCACCACAACCUGGAGCUGCAGCUCAUGCCGCCGCGCGGCAGCGGCAGCUACUACGACGCCGGAGGCACGACUCCGGCAGCAGCCGUCGCCACCAGGUGCUACGCCUUCUCGCCGCAUUCGCCUGCGGUGGGCCUGGGCGCCGACCCGAUGCGGCUGCAGCUGUCGAUGGGGUUCGGCGGUGGCGACAACGACGACGACAGCGAGACGUCGGCGCCGGCAGCGACGGCGGCGGCCAGGCUCAAGGAGGAGGCCCGGGAGCAGAUGCGGCUGGCGAUGGCGGAGAAGGCGGCGGCCGACGACGCCCGGGCGCAGGCGCGGCGGCAGGCGGAGCUGGCCGAGCAGGAGCUCGCGACCGCCCGCCGCAUGCGGCAGCAGGCGCAGGCGGAGCUGGGCCGCGCGCACGCGCUCCGGGACCACGCCGUGCGCCAGGUGGACGCCACGCUGCUGCAGGUCACCUGCUACAGCUGCCGCUGCAAGUUCCGGGCGCGGGCGGCGACCGGGACCGGCGGCGCCAUGAGCUCCGAGGUGGCCAGCUACGUCUCCUCCGUCGUCACCGAGGGCGGCGACGCCGAGGUGGACGACGACCCGUACCGCCACCACCACCACCACCGCCACCGGCAGCUCAACGCCGACGACGACGCGCCGAGCCACGCUAGGAUGAUGGACAUCAACUAGCGGCCGGCGGCCAUCUCGUACGUCAUGCAUGCAACAUUCUUUCCCUCCUUCUAGCUUCUUCCCGAGCUCGCCCGCGCUCCUUCCUGGCGAGCUGCUGCCAUGGACGAGCUCGCUAGGCCGUGAUGGAUGGAUGCGCAAUAGUGGUAGCAGCUGCUUGGUGUUGGUGGUGUGAUUAGAUGUGGUGAUGGGAUCAGUGCUAGUCUAGACUCUCACGGUUUUGGGAGUCAUGCUGGGGCGCAAGUGAAGCUAAUUACGACGUGCAUGGAAUCUUUCGCUUGUUUGCUUGCUGUUGGAGUUCCUUACAAUAACAUUUGUUCGAUCGAUCCGGAUUCAGGAGCAUUUCGGCAGCUGCUGCUGUCGGAACCGAGAAAAAAGGAUGCAUGGCAUGGCAGCUCUUGUCACUUGUAAUCGUUUCAGCUACGCUAACUAACAUCUUGAUAGAUGCAGUUACGCUAGAACAGUUUUUGCUACUGUGGUUACCGGUUUUACAAUCUGUUUCUGGUUA